CGAAAAAACACACCGGAAGACAUGAACUACCUCAGUUCUACAGUGUGAUAGCAGCAAAUUCAGAUUCGUAAGACACAAGCAACUCGCCUGGUGCAAUGGCUAACAAUCAGGGCCAUCCACUUUUCCUCUCUCAAACAAAGCCGGACCAAUGAACACCACAGCCAGUGAGGGUAUCUUCCUGUGGUGACUGCAGAGUCCAGGGUUUUCCCCUGUUGCAUCUUCAGAUCCACCACUCUGCUCUGCUCCCAAACCCCUCCACCAGCUUACAUCCAUCUCCCUCCUACCCUUCCUACCCCUCUGUACUUCCACCCCUGAACCUCCAUCAGAGUAAAAAAUGGACGACAGCUACGAUAACAGGACUUCCUUAGUGAAGGGGGCCAAGGACAUUGCCAAGGAGGCCAAGCGGCAUGCCGUGAAAAAGGUCAACAAGGUCGUGGACAGCGCCACAGACGAGUACUCCCAGCGCAAAUACAGCCGGUUUGAGGACGAGGUAGACGAGGGGGACGACUUUUCCCAUAAUCCCCUGAGACAGGACGGAGGCUACAAUGACAAUGACCAGGCCAGUGAUGCCAGCGAUGCCACAGAGGGCCAUGAUGACGAAGAUGAGAUUUACGAGGGGGAGUACCAGGGGAUCCCAGCGGCUGGAGACAGGAAGGCCAGGGAGGGGCAGGUGGCUCUGGGGCAGCCCGUCACAGACAGCCUGAGAGAACGUAAGGAGCUGGAGAAGGAGAGGCAGGGGGACGAGGAAGAACUGGCCCAGCAGUAUGAGCUGAUCAUCCAGGAGUGUGGCCAUGGCAGGUUCCAGUGGCAGCUGUUCCUGGUGCUGGGCCUGGCCCUCAUGUCGGAUGGGGUGGAGGUGUUCGUGGUGGGGUUCGUUCUGCCCAGUGCCGAGACGGACAUGUGUGCUCUGGGUGGCUCCAACUCCAGAUCUGGAUGGCUAGGCAGUAUUGUGUACCUGGGGAUGAUGGUGGGGGCAUUUUUCUGGGGGGGCAUGUCAGACAAGGUGGGCCGCAGACAAUGUCUGCUCAUCUGCAUGUGUGUGAACGGCUUCUUCGCCUUCCUGUCCUCCUUCGUUCAGGGCUACGGCAUGUUCCUGCUCUGCCGCGUGAUCGCAGGCUUUGGAACAGGGGGGGUUGUGCCUAUAGUCUUCUCCUUUUUUGCGGAGGUGCUGUCCAGAGAGAAGAGAGGGGAGCACCUGAGCUGGCUGUGCAUGUUCUGGAUGAUUGGAGAGAUCUAUGCUUCAGCCAUGGCCUGGGCCAUUAUACCACACUAUGGCUGGAGUUUCAGUAUGGGUUCGGCCUACCAGUUCCAUAGUUGGAGGGUGUUUGUGGUGGUCUGCGCCCUGCCCUGCGUCUGUGCUGUGGUGGCUCUCACCUUUAUGCCUGAGAGCCCCAGGUUUUACCUGGAGGUGGGGAAGCAUGACGAGGCUUGGAUGAUCCUCAAGCAGAUCCAUGACACCAACAUGCGAGCGCGUGGGCAGCCGGAGAAAGUCUUCACCGUGAACAGAAUCAAGAUCCCCAAGCAUCUGGAUGAGCUGGUGGAGAUGAAGUCAGAGUCGGGGAACGCAGUCUCCAAGGCCCUCUUCAGGUCAAAGACAGAGCUACGUGGGAUCUUGGUUAACUUUAUGAAGUGUUUUGACUACCCUCUGAAAGAAAACACUAUCAAACUGGCUAUUGUGUGGUUUACACUGUCAUUUGGGUACUACGGCCUGUCUGUGUGGUUCCCUGACGUCAUCAAGCAUCUUCAGGCAGACGACUAUGCCUCCAAGGUGAAGAUCCACAGCAACGAACGCAUCGAGGACUUCACCUUCAACUUCACCCUGGAGAACCAGAUCCACACCAACGGGGUCUUCAUCAGCGACAGAUUUCUUAAUAUGAAGUUGAAGUCCGUCACCUUCAUUGACUCCACCUUCCGUAACUGCUACUUUGACGACGUGACGACGGUGGGAUCCUACUUCCGGAACUGUACCUUCAUCGAGGCGUUCUUCUACAACACUGACAUCGAUGAAUCAAAACUGAUAGACGGCACAGAGGUGAUCAACAGCUCGUUCCACCACAACAAGACGGGCUGUCAGAUGACGUUUGACGACGACUACAGCGCCUACUGGGUCUACUUUAUCAACUUCCUGGGAACUCUAGCUGUUCUACCCGGCAACAUUGUUUCUGCACUGCUCAUGGAUAAGAUUGGACGCCUUUCGAUGUUAGGUGGCUCCAUGGUUCUGUCAGGGAUCAGUUGUUUCUUCCUGUGGUUCGGCACCAGUGAGUCAAUGAUGAUCUUCAUGCUGUGCCUUUACAACGGCCUGAGCAUAUCAGCCUGGAACUCACUGGACGUGGUCACCACAGAGUCCUUCCCUACAGACAGGAGAGGGACAGGUUUUGGGUUCUGUAAUGCUCUGUGUAAGUUAGCUGCCGUUUUGGGGAACGUGAUCUUUGGUUCGCUGGUUGGCAUCACCAAGGCCAUCCCCAUCCUCCUGGCCUCAUCUGUGCUGGUGUGUGGAGGUCUGGUGGGGCUCCGUCUGCCUGAUACUCGGGCCAACGUCCUCAUGUAGCCCCAGGAAGGACCACCUCACCUGGGGAAGACCUGGGCCAAACCUGGGGACGGCAUGGGAAGCAAGGCGCAGAAUGGUGCAAAGGGUUUAGUUCAAAUGUUUCCUUAUGGAUUUUGACAUUUGAUUUCUUUAUUGCCCUUUCUGGUCUCACAGGGAGUUCAAUUGCAUAACCCCCCAUCCCAUAUCUCUUUAAAACAGUGUACUUUUACUUGAUCAAUGUAUUUAUGUACAGGACCCAAGUACCAGACCUUCUGGAUACAUCCCUGGGGUCGAGAGAGAACUCCUAUUUCUUAGUGAAUGUAUUGUUUGGGAAUGUCACAACACCCCUCUAAGAUUAAAUCAAUAUUUUAAUCUUAUUUUAUCAUGACAUAAUCAUAACAGUUAGUGGAUAUUUUAGUUAAGCCUGUGACUCAUUGGCUAACUAUAUGACUUAUUGCCUGUGGAUUAUGUCCAUCCAUACCAUCAUAGUAUUAGCUGUGAAGGAAACUCUGUGGGUCCUGUAGUCUGUUCUAUAGUUGGUUGAUGUGAAGUCUAGAUCAGUGGUGUAUGUGUGAGGAAAUAUCAGUGUCAAUGGCUGUCGGAUAUGAGUUGGCUGGUGGAAUCAGUACUGGGUUAGUGCUAUGAGAGUUGUGUAGAUAUCAGUAGUGCCUGUUGCGUUGAACUGUAUGAGUACAGUUUGUCUGGAGCCAUUGCAGGGACAGACUUAGUGAGGGCUGUAAAUAUCAAUGUGUUUUUAUUAGGCCAAAACAGAUGGAGGAGAGAGGGAAAAACAAGCUGUAAUGAGCACAGCCAGCCUGCUGUGGGAGAGAAGGGGGAAUAGAUGAUCAGAAAGACUGGAGAGAUCACACAUCUGCAACACAGGUGGCCUGGACAGAGAGACAGCCAGACUGGCAGGGAGGCAGAACCAGAGCGAGAACAAGGGUAUUUCUGGGCUACCGUGAAGAGUAUAGAUGGAUCUUUGUUAGGCUUGACGUGUUCUCCUGUCUUUUCACAUGAUGUUUCUACUGUAUGUACCCUGCACUUGUUAGGUCUGCUGGAUAUGCGCACAUACCCUGAACCGUCAACCAUGAAGAGUCAUGGUGAUGGACAGGAUUUAACCCGCAGGAGCUGGUUUGAAGCAAAGCUUCUCACAGAUAACAUCAGAAACUAUAAUAACAUGUUAGUUUAUUACUUUACACUGACAGAUGCAUAACGAGGUUUUUAUCAGUGUUCUACCCCAGACUACCACAUUCACAUAUAGACACUCAGAUCUCCAAGCCCUUUGCACCAGUUCUCUACCCAAGAAUAAAAAGGCCAUAUUUAAUAACUGUAAUUGUUGUUAUUUGAAGUGUACAUACUAAAUCUAUCAAUAUGUCUUAAGAUAUUUACAUUAUUUGCAGGUAUGUAUCUGCAGCUGUUCUAAACUUAGUUUUUCUCUGUAUAAAAUAUUGUUCUCUCCUCCUAUAUGUUGUAUUGUAUGCAGGCUCGCAGAAAGGGCUUUGUUUAUGUUCAGUAAUAUUGUUCUCUCCUCCUAUAUGUUGUAUUGUAUGCAGGCUCGCAGAAAGGGCUUUGUUUAUGUUUAGCCUUUUGAUUUGGCGUUUCUGUUUAACGUUGCUUGUGGCAUUGAAUUUAUAUAGACAUGUCAUGCUGCUUCCUAUUCAAGAUACUGAAGGGCCUUUUUUAAAAUGUGCCUCUCCUUCGGUGGAGCGUUCUCCGCAUAGACAACAGAAGGGUACAGGAGGUAAACAGGAAGUGAACUGUGUGUGUGGUAUGUGAUGUCCCUUCUCACUACAGUCAGCAUGUUCAAGUACAUCAUUACAUUGGUGUGACCGUGACAGAUAAGGUACAACAUCCAUCCUAUCCGUUUCAUCGGUUUAAAAAAAGAUACCCCCCCCCCUUUUUGAGAUGAAGUUGGAAGAUGAUCUCAUUUAAACUGAAUUGGGGAGAAACUGAGAGCAAUAAGCUAUUUAUUAACUACUUGUAUAAGAGUGAGUGGAACUGCUUGCAUAUUUUAAGCAAUUUUUUAAAGUUGUACAACUUUUUGAGUAAACAAUUUCAGUGCUUGUUAUAAAUUUAAAAUGAAACACCAUACUGACAAUUUGGAUGACAUUUUAGAAUCAGUAACAAAAUCUUUUAGCCAUAUAUACACACUGUGUGUACACAAUGAACAUCAUUCAAUACAAAGUUAAUUUACAAAUCUUACACUUUAUAAUGGAAUUUCAUUCGUGCUAAUGUUCCCCUGUCUAAAAUGUCACCCAAAUUUGGCAAAUGCAUCUGAUGUUUACAAGCAAUCCUGUAGAAAUAUGUUGUUAUUACUGUAAACAGUAUAAUCUCCAGGUCUACAUACUGUAGCUAUAUAGUGUUUUCACAUCUAAUUCACAAGUCUACAUCUCUACAUGGCUCUGUAGUGUUUUCACAUCUAAUUCACAAGUCUACAUCUCUACAUGGCUCUGUAGUGUUUUCACAUCUAAAUCACAGGUCUACAUCUCUAUAUGGCUCUGUAGUGUUUUCACAUCUAAAUCACAGGUCUACAUCUCUAUAUGGCUCUGUAGUGUUUUCACAUCUAAAUCACAGGUCUACAUCUCUAUAUGGCUCUGUAGUGUUUUCACAUCUAAAUCACAGGUCUACAUCUCUAUAUGGCUCUGUAGUGUUUUCUGUGGCUUACUGCCGGUGUAGCACGCCUGUUUGUGUGUGUGUUGUUUCUGUGAGUAUAUCGUAGUUUUAGUAGUCCACUGUAUCAAAACUGCUGUCUGCUUGCCCCCUCCUCAUAUCUAAAGAACAGGGCAGGCUUCCAAUAAUGGGUACACGUAGGGGUGUGAGCUUGUGUUUGCUUUACAUCGUCUUGGAUACAGUAAAGUCUGUUUUCUGAUUGUUUGUGUCUUGGUAUGCAUCACAAAUUAGCAACAACUGACUUUUUGACGACUUCAUGAUUUUUAAGUGAUGACAUAAUCAACUAAACUUCAGUAUUUAUAGUAGUAACAGUGACAUGGCAAAGCCAUUCUCAUUAGGCUGAUGUCAAACCACAGCUACUGACUACUGUUACCACCUCAGCAGUGAUAUGCAUUCAAUAAGGUACCAGUUGUUUAUGAACAAGGAUUGCAGCUAUAUGAUGGGUACUGGAUGUGUUUAAACCUCUUAACCUAAUUGUGACAGCUUUGACUAUGAUAUCUUACAAAAUAUAAAUAAGUAUCUAUUUAUUUUGUUUUCUGGGGGGG